AUGAAGACCCACGGCCCCGGGGAGGAGUGUGACUUUGAGUUGGAAGAGCAGGAAACAGAAAUCACUUGCGGUUGGGCUAAGAAGUCCCCUCACACGCCGCCAAGUACCCCUUUCUCCCUGGGAAGCGGGAAGCGGGGGCAGAGACGGCGUAAUGGCACCCGUGCCAGUGACACAAAGUACUCUGUCCACUCAGGCAAAGGCUUUGUCCCCAGGGGAAGGAGCAAGAGUUCGCAACUUGAAUGUUCGCAUGUGGGGGACUUACUGUAUCUCAACGAUAGUUUACUCAAAGAGAAACCACUGGAGACUGCCCUCAGCCCACACGCCAGUCGGCUCCGUUAUGGCGACCACAGCCGCAGCAUCGUGAUUAGUGGUGAUGAACCAGAUUAUGACCUAUAUUUAUUUUGUAUACCUAAUCAUUAUGCUGAGGAUUUGGAAAAGGUAUUUAUUCCUCGUGGACUAAUUAUAGACAGGACCGAACGGCUAGCUCGAGAUGUGAUAAAGGAGAUGGGAGGCCGUCACGUCGUGGCCCUUUGUGUGCUCAAGGAGGGCUAUAAAUUCUUUGCUGACCUGCUGGAUUACAUCAAAGCACUGGACAGAAAUAGUGAUAGAUCUAUACCUAUGACUGUAGAUUUUAUCAGACUGAAAAGCUACUGUAAUGAUCAGUCAACAGGUGACAUAAAAGUAGUUGGUGGAGAUGAUCUCUCAACUUUAACUGGAAAGACUGUCUUGAUUGUUGAAGAUAUAAUUGACACUGGCAAAACAAUGCAAACCUUGCUUUCCUUGGCCAAGCAGCAUAAUCCAAAGAUGGUCAAGGUUGCAAGCUUGCUGGUGAAAAGGACCCUUCAAAGUGUUGGAUAUAGACCAGACUUUGCUGGAUUUGAAAUUCCAGACAAGUUUGUUGUAGGAUAUGCCCUUGACUAUAAUAAAUACUUCAGGGAUUUGAAUCAUGUUUGUGUCAUUAGCGAAACUGGAAAAGCAAAAUACAAAGCCUAA